GCCGAACGGCCGCGGGCGCGGCGGUCCGCCAGUCAGAGGUCACGUGACCAUGGUGCGCGUUACGUCACCGCGGGGUAAUCGAUGGCGUGAGCGGCGGCACUGCGCAGGCGCAGACAGGCGGGCUGUCGGCGGCGAGCGGUCCGGCUCCAGCUGUGUGGGGCCGGUCGCAACUGAGAACCCCAGCGCAGCGGAAGUGUCCGUGCGACACGCGUGGCGGCUGCGACAGCCCCUGUCGGCGGCGGUGUGGGUCUCGGCGCGGGCAGGUCGGCACGUGGCGGGAGCGCCAGGUGGCGCCACCAGACGGAGUUGCGCCGGUGGGCCGCGCAGCGUGCGCGGUGCGGAGUGGACGGCGGCAGUGUGAGAGUGAGAGGCGGGGCGGUGUGAGGGAAAGAGCGGACCGUGAGAAGUGUGAGAACGAGCGGCGGCCGGUGGGCUAGGAGGCGGGGAGCGGAUCAGAACUCGGUCGCCGGUCGGGCCAUGGCGCCGCCGGUCAGUCGCCAGUGGCAGUUCAGCGUCACCUGCGAGGUCGAUGUCGGCGAGACGGUGUGCCUGGUCGGCUCGGCCGCCCAGCUCGGCAGCUGGUGUCUCGGCUCGGUGGUCGAGCUGCAGAGAGCCGACCCGGUGCCCCACUUCACCGGCAUCAACGGGGCCAACGGAGUCAACGGAGUCAAUGGAGUCACCGGAACCAACGGAGCCAGGCGUGCAAACGUCAGCAACGGCACCACCAACGGCACUACAGAGACUGAGCCGCCCGUGUGGAGGACGUCUGUGACGCUGCGCACCGACCAGGAUGUGUUCUACCGCUACUGCGUGUGCAUGUUGCUGCACGUGGACGGCCAGAGAAAGGUGGUGGCGCGCCGCUGGGAGACCGACCUGGCGCCGCGCAAAAUACCCGCCGCAGCGCUGCAGGAGGACGACACCGCUUGCGACCAGCUGGACCACUUCGGCUGCAUCACGCCCAUGCGCCACGUGGACCGCGGCUGGCUCAGCGUCGAGUCCGUGGUGCAGCUGAAACUCUACGCCAACCCGGUCGAGCUGUGGAAGAAGCGACAGAGAAAGUACCGCCUGAAGGUGACGCCGGUGAACCUGGAGAGGAAGAUGAUUGCCGAGCCGCUGAUGAGCAGCGAGGAUAGCUCCGAGAUGGACAUGCAGUCGCUGCGCGCCGGCAACACGUGGCCCGUCAUGGAGCUGGCAGUCAUGAAGGAGGGCGAAAACUUUUUCCAGCGCCAGCAGCAGUUUGGCCGAGUGUACGAGGAGGGAGACUUCUUCACCUUCCAGUGCCAGAUGCUGAAACCCGAGACGAUCGCCUACAUGGUGGACCUGUACUCUGCCGAGAACACAGACGGCGAGUCAGCGGAGCACAUCGGCUUCUGCCACAUCCUGCCCAACAACCUGAAACAGACCAACGGCACCGUCAGCAUGCCCAUCAACGGCACCAGCCAGCAGCCGAUUGGGCAGCUCACAGUGGACUACCUGCUGGUGCGUCCGAUGGAGGAGGCCCAGUGUAUGAUGGAGAACUCUUACUCCCGCUACUGGCGCGAGACGUGGCGCGGCCUGGACGUGGGCCACCGCGGCGCCGGCAACUCGUUCACACACAAGCCUGAAGCAUGUGCCAAUAUCCGUGAGAACACCAUUGCCUCACUGAAGCAGGCGAUGGAGCACGGAGCCGACUUCGUCGAGUUUGACAUUCAGCUGAGUAAGGACAUGGUGCCGCUCAUCUACCACGACUUCCACGUGGGUAUCGCGCUGCGGAAGAAGGACGUCAUCGACGACCACCACUUGCUGACGGUGCCGCUCAAGGAUCUGGAGUACGCCCAGCUGCAGCAGCUCAAGGUGUACAAUAUCGAGGAGGGCAAGAUGGGCUCUCUGCACCUGGAGAACGACUUGCUGGAGGACAACCAGCCGUUCCCCACCCUGCAGCUAGCCAUGGAGAGCCUGGACCCGCACCUCGGCUUCAACAUCGAGAUCAAGUGGACCAUGCAGCUGCAGGAUGGCUCGUUCGAGCUGUGCCACCCAUUCGAGCUGAACAGCUACAUCGACCACAUCCUGAAGGUGGUGCUCGAGCACUCGGGCACGCGCAAGAUCAUCUUCUCGUGCUUCCACCCGGAUAUCUGCACCAUGUUGCGUCUGAAGCAGAACCGCUACCCGGUGCUGUUCCUGACCCAGGGCGAGACUGACCAGUGGCCGCCGUACAAGGACACCCGCUGCCAGAGCCUGGACAUGGCGCAGCUGUUCGCGCGCUCCGCUCAGAUACUGGGCGUGGACGUCUUUUCUGGGGUGCUGCUGAAGCAGCCCGAGUACAUCAAGAGCGCCCAGGCCAAGGGUCUGGUGGUGUUCUGCUGGGGCGACGACAACGCCAACUCGGACACGAUCCGCUACCUCAAGGCGCAGGGCUGCGACGGCAUCAUCUACGACCGCAUGGACCGCUACUGCGAGAAGGACAACAAGGAGAGCAUCUUCCUGAUGGAGGCGCGCCAGGCCAAGGACAUGGCGCUGGCCGACUCGGACAACGGCAGCGACGCCUCGGCCGAGGAGGCGCCGCGCACCGCCACCGGCAAGGGCAGGCCCGAGCUGCACUUUCCGCCCAUCUCCGAGGUGCCCUAGAGCAGCUAGCCGGCCGUGCAGGCCAGACACCAGCUGCUUGGGGCGAUAGAGCCUAUUCUGUGACCCGACCCGCCUACCCGCCCUUACCCGCCCGUGUGACGGGAGGGACGGGUCAUCCGCCGCUGCCGAGCAGUGUUCUAUAGACUAUUUUAGAAUAUAAGAUGUUCUGCUACUUGGGACGUGCGGACCGUGGUGUCGCUGAAACACGAGCCCGAGCGCUGAUAAGGUAACCAUGAAAGGACACGUCCAAAGUGUCCCGCUAAGGUUGUCCUGAAUAUGAUCAAAGUCCCGUUUGAGUGAUGGAAAUUUAUGAUUUAGGUUAAGUUGAAAUACUUUUAUUCUACCGGACCUUGACCUUUUCGGAUAAGAAAUAUAUUAUGAUACUGCUGGAUUUAACGUGUUGAUGUGAAUACCGCAUCAAUAAAAAUCAUUUUAGCCUUUUGGUAAAACCCGUUGUUACCAUAGGUAUGCAUAUGUGAAAAUAUACAUUUUCAUCUCCAUUUGAUAGAAUAAUUCCGAAAGUGUUCGUUUUUCGAAUGUGUCUUCUAGUUUUGAGGAAAAGGUCCAUGUUUUGUGCGUGUGUAUACGAGGACGUUUAAGUUCGAAAAAGUUGAACUCUACAGCUCAUUUACAAUGACUAGGAAUAGUUAGACGUUAUUUUUCACAUGACUUAGCAUUUUCCCCCGAUCCACCAUCGACGAUACCGUGCGGAGAGACGCCCUGUACUUAGUAGUUCGAUCGCCAGUAUUAUUAAAUGAACCGAUAUCUUCCUUUCGGCGUGCACUAUGCUCAUACUGUUGUGCACGUCACCAUCGCGCGUCGGAGUGUUUGCACACGGUUGACUAGUAUCUAGUCUCGUCACGCAUUCACUGUCCCACAGUGGGAAGGCCUCGUCGUGAGUCGGUGCGGCGACAACGACCUAAGGUAGCCCUUCGUUCGCUGUGUUCAUGGCGCAGAUCCGGGCGCGGCGACUCACUGAGCACCACGUGCUCAAUCGUAUUGAGCUGGUGGUGGGUGACCGUGGCGGCUGUAACCUUCCCAGUUCCUCUUUAAAAAUGUCUCAAAAUGUUCAACGUGCGAUGCGCGGAAACAUUCACUUGAUGCGUCUUCUUGAUUUUAUCGACUGUUUAUCUGGCAUAAGUUUAUUUUCCGAGAUGCUUUGUCAGAAAACGCUCCAUCAGUUUUGGUGUUGAAUAAACUACAGUUAUAUACGGUGGUGAGAGCAACAAACCUACUGGCCAGGUAUAUUGUCGAAAAACGCUAUAUCAAACGAGUGACCAUGUUGAGACGCUUUGUUUCUGAUUGCUGCGAACACGCAAAAACUCUU